UGGGGAGGACGGUGGGGAGGACGGUGGGGGAGGACCUCGAGGAGGAUGAGGGGCUGGGGGGUAUGCCGCAGGAGCUAGACCCGACCCUAGUUUGGUCUCCGCCGGUGGAGGAGGUGUACGUUGCAGCCGAGGAGAGGCUGGAACCACGGGACAAGAAGCCGUAUAGGCGCGGGAUUACGAAACUCCCCAAGCUAAAAACUUGGGCCUUCCGCGAUGUUGUUCUCGUGCCCGCUGGAAAGAGCAUGUUCAAGUAUGGCGACCCGAGGAGGAAGCCGACACGUGAGUACCCGAACAUCCUUGGAGGCAUAAUUAGGAAGCAUUUCCCUGGGAUUGUCAAUCUCCCUACUGGUGGCCGCGACGUGGCUUGGACUUGGAAGCACUACAGCUACGCGGAAGAUCCUAGCGGCAAGUACGAAAACAUGCAAGAGCGGGUUGUCCGCCACUUCUGGAAAUACUUCAAGAGGGCUGAGGGCAAGGAAAUUGCGUGCGACGUUAUCUUACACGAGUUGUGCAGGGUGAGGGUGACUGGCAUGCACUACGAGGCACGUGUCCAGUGCGUCCGCGACCCGCACCCUCCUCAGUACGUCGGGGAAGACAGGGCGUGCUUUCUUGCGAUGGUCAUAUGGUGGACAUCCCGCGAGUACGCCCGGAAGCACGAGGAGGGCAAGCGAAGCGUUCGAGAGAUGGGAGGUGGAUCACAUGUCCUGGGCAGCAAGAACUUGGCCCUUACCUUGCAGGAUGAGGAAGUGAAGACAGGCGUGGCACCAAACUUGUUUGGCUUUUUCCAAAAGUCGAAGACCAGGAAGGAGCCGCAUCCUGAAACGGGGUCCUUGUGGGUCAACGACCUAGCGGAGGGCCAGUGUGGCGCGUACCGCUCGAAGUUCAAGGACAAGCACGGCGAAGACGCCGACCCAACCACCGAAGAGUUUGACGUUGAGGUUGCGGUGCUUGCGGGACAAGGCAAGAAGGGUGGCCGCCUAUGGAUUGCUGACGGGUUAGUCGACCCAAGUACCAUUCCAUCUCUACGCCAGAUCCGUCGUGGGCGUACGAGCGAGCAGCCUCGGGUAGAGACCCGCCCACGGGCUUCGGACCUAGCUAUCGAGAAGUUACGGGCGGAGAUGGAAGAAAGGGAACGGAGGCACCAAGAGGAGCAGAUGCGAGAUGCAGCAGCAGCUUAG